CGCGGCGUUUCCACUUGGGAUGUCAUACGAAAACAACCAGGAAGAAUCGCUGAUAACUCGUCUCCUUCUCAGAGUUGUGAUGCUUAUUAUCAUUACAAAGAAGAUAUAAAAUUGCUGAAGGAUUUGCAUGUAAGGUCACGCAUUAUCGUUUCUCAAUUUGUUGGACAAGAUUACUUCCUUAUGGAACAGUUGACAAUAUAA